AUGUCUCGACGAUCAGGGUACCAAUCGUAUAACAUGCCCAGCGUUGAAUCGCAUAAACUUGGACGAAGAAGACGAUAUGUCCCAAUCAACGAUCGAGUGAUGGACUUAUGCGAGGAUUUCCUCCCAGAAGACAGAGUUUACUACAAUGGAUCAAACUCUAACUUGCCCGAAGAUGCGCACAAAUUGUACGACACUUUCAACGGAGAUGAUCGCGAUUUUUUCAACUCUGGACGAGCCAAAUUUUUCCAGGCUGCUCAGAAUCCUCAAUCUGUUUUUGCUGAUCUUGACGGCAACAGCGGCGAAAUCAGAGAGUGCAUCAAAGUGAUGCCCGACGGUCGACGAGUCAAGGAGAGAACAGUCACUUCCUACGAAGAUUUGGACGAGCCCAUCAUCGAAGCUCAGCAGUCCGCUCAACAGGUCAAUGCUGAGCCACCAAAACCAAUGACUCCCAUGGAAAUCAUGUUUGCGACUCAGGCUGCUAUGAAAGAAACUCUCCAAAAUGCCUUGAAUACUAACUCAAAAUGUCACUUGACUGGCUCAAGCAUCGACCGACUUUCUCACUUGGCUGGAGUCGGCCCUGUCCGAAACGAACAGAACUUCGAAGACCGAUUCGAACCAGAAGAACAAGCUCGAGAUUAUUCUAGCGCACCAUCUCGAGAUGUUAAGAUCAACGUUCUUCGAGGUUAA